AUGCCGAGGUCGUUUCUCGUGGACUCGUUGAUUCUGAGAGAGGCCGGCGGCGGAGGAGAGAAGGGUCGCGCGAACAGCCCGCCGCUCUUCCCCUCCUACUCCGUCCACCAUCCCGCUCAUCCGCUUCACGGCCUCUCGGCGGCGGCGGCGGGCUCGUGCCACGCGCGGAAGGCUCAGGGGGGCUUGCUGUGCUUCUGCCCGCUCUGCGUGACGGCGGCUCCGGCGCCUCAGCUGCACCCGUCGCCCCCCGCGGCCCUGCCUCUCCUGAAGGGGGCGCUCCCGGCCGCCCUGGGCUCGCAGUACUGCCACUCUGCCGCGCUCGCGCUGUCCCGCCAGCACGCGCCCUCGGCCGGCGUCAGCCUGGGACACGGACCGGGCUUGUACCAGACCUCCUACCCGCUGCCGGACCCGCGCCAGUUCCACUGCAUAUCCAUCGACAACAGCAGCAGCCAAUUGCAGAGCAGCAAGCGCAUGCGCACGGCGUUCACGAGCACGCAGCUGCUGGAGCUGGAGCGCGAGUUCACCUCCAACAUGUACCUGUCGAGGCUGCGGCGCAUCGAGAUCGCCACCUACCUGAACCUGUCCGAGAAGCAGGUGAAGAUCUGGUUCCAGAACCGCCGCGUCAAGCACAAGAAGGAGGGUAAGGGCGGGGGCGCGCACCGCGCGGGCGCCCAGCACCAGCACCAGCAGCAGCAGCGCGCCUGCACGUGCUCGUCGUCCCUGUCGUCCGCGCGCUGCUCCGAGGAAGAGGAGGACGCGCCGGGGUCACCUUCAUCCUCGGGGAAAGAGGACGCAGAUCUGUCCGUCAGUCCGUGAAACGCGUCUCGACGCACGCAGAGACUUUACAGAGCAGCCAAAACAAAACAAAACAAACAAACAAACAAACAGCCGG